UUUUAUAUACGAAUAAAUUAGGAAUGAAUUACUAUGCACGUGUUGGUAUGGAGACAGUGCAGCGUCAAAAUGGCGGCAAACGGACCUUCGUUAGUGGAAUCAAACAAAAACAAAAAGAAUAUGAUGAUUAAAGGCCAGGGCAAGGGAGGGGGAGGAUUCAAGCUCUUGCGCAGGCCAAGGGCACCCAAAUUACCUCCCCUUGAACCCGAGCUGCCACCUUCCCCAGACAAACCAUUCUAUGAAAUAUAUGACUUUGAACAGGAGAUGGACAUCAGUCAGAGACACCUUCAGUCCCCCACCCCUAGUGUUGUGCCUAGUCUAGUGUCUCCCCCACCGUCAGAGUCACACCCCACCAGGGGGACAUUCUACAGAAAUUACGGAAUAUCCCCGCACAGUAAUGGGUCUUACCUGCGUAAAAAUGACAAGAAGUUUGUACUUGAUCCAAUAUAUCGUGAGAAAACUAGUUUAGGUACUUAUGUUGAUGGUAAAUCAUUAGUUAAACCUUUUAAACCGCGAGGACCAGAUAAUUUCCCCACCAGACCCCCUAAAAAGCCUGGUGAAAUUUUACAGAUGGAUAAUUUUGAUGAGAUCCGCUAUCAUCAGCCUCCAGCUUUUACUUUAGACAAUUUUGUGUAUCAUCUCUCAGAACUUCGUAACAUACCUGUUCGUAAAGUCAAGGAAAUAUUUUACUCAAAACACAACUAUAAGAAGUUAACAAAUCUUUUGGCGGAAAAGUAUAUUAAUCCUACCAUUCAAGAGGAAGUUAAAGUGAAGGAAAUGACUCCAGAAGGGCAAAACAUUCCGCCAUCUGAACCAAGGAUCCCUCAGAAACAGCUACUGAUUGAGAUGGCAGCCAUGAUUAAACAGCAUGUUCGAGAUCUGAUGAACACUGAGGUCAAGUCGGUGAUCAGACCACUGAGGAAGUACAGCCCAUCGUACGCUGACGACAAUGUCCCGCACACAGAGAUCAUACUCUAUGAGGAUGACACUUUUGAUGUUGCCAGUCAAUCAGCUCAAGAACGACAAGAUACAGAAAUUCCAACAAUGGAUUCAAUGUUUCACUCUGCUCCAUCUAGAUACUUCCAAGGGGCGGAACGUAGUCAUUCGCCUUUCACCGCACCCUCCGAGAAUGCCAUUUCUCCUUCAGAGCUUGCCAUCUUAGAUGCUCUGAUAAACGGAGGAAAAGCUCUGAGUCUGAAGGCACAUUUUAUAUCAGAAAUGCCAGAUAUUUCACCCCUAGUAAGAACUGUCACCUAUCUGAAUCUGUCCUUCAAUGAUUUCUCGAUAUUUCCCCGAGAAAUCCUGGAGAUUCGACAGCUGGAGAUUCUGAAGCUGAGAAAUAAUCCACUGCGUGAACUCCCCUCAGACAUCCAUCGUAUGCGGAACCUGAGGAUCCUGGUCGUCUCCUUCUGCCUCCUCACCAACAUCCCAAUGGGGUUAUUUGCUUUGCCCAAACUGAUUCAUUUAGAUAUUUCCUACAACAAGCUUACCUUCAUUCAGAAUGAGAUUGCCAACAUGAGAAACUUGCGUGAGUUGAACAUGGAGGGGAAUCAGCUACCAGCCAUGCCGUGUGGGGCUCUGCUGCUAGACUUGUUCUAUCUCAAUGUCAAGAAUAACUUCAUGCACCCACUCUUCUGGAAAGAAAACACCCAGAAUCAGCCACAGAGACUGAUUGACAUGUGUGCGCUUACUCUGGUAGAAGGGGAGGUAAUAAGUGACAUGGAUUCUGUACCAGAGUCGGUCAAAAAGGUCUUGGCCAACCGCUCAGUUUGUGACUGUUGUCAUGGUGCCCUGUAUGGUCCAGGAUUACGAAUUAUUCGUCCCGUCAGUAAACUUCAUGGUAUUAAGAACCUGCCAUUCCUUUUCCGAGCAUGCUCACCAAGCUGUUUACAAGUCUUCAAACACAGUAAAGACACGCUGUCAGAAAUCUUAUACGGGGUGACAUCCACUCCAAGGGGUGAAGAGGAGGAGGAGUGAGGGGGGAUAACUCUGAAGAGGGAAGUCCCAGAAAGCCUUGCAGACUUUACUGUUGAGAGUUUGGAUUGAUCUUGAUGAACUAGUUUGAAAAGAACUUUGCUCAGAAGAAAAUCAGAUCAUCAGAGAAUUCCAGUAUGGGAAAAUACUGUAUUUUUAGUGCUGCUGUUAAGUAUUUGGGAUGCAACAGUGCCUUGUUGGAAUCACUUCGAUGCAUUUUGUGAUAAGAUUAACUGAUUUAAUACACUGAGGUGUUUAUAAAUCAUUGAUAAAAUUUAUAUUGCAAUGAUUUUCAAUAUGCUUUGGCUGUUGGUUUAUAUUUACAGUCAUUGUGUAUUAUACAUGGGUGUGAAAGCAGUUGGUGAGAGAUAUUGAGAGUGCAAAUAAAUUAACUUAUACAAUAUCAGAUUGUGUGCUUAUCAAGAAAACAAAGAAAAUUAUAAUAAAUUACCCAUUAAAAUUAGUUUUACAUAAAUUGA